AUGUCAUUCAUAAGUGAUUAUUGUAAAUAGAUCAUCAGACCCCCAAGAAGAACUUACUCAACACAACAAUUAGGUCCAAAAUUACGGUUUAUUCAAAGUGUUCCAAUAAUAAGAGAGGAUUUUGAAUUUACAUCAAGAUAGCUAAAACUUCAAGCUAGUUAUUUCAUUUCAGAAUCUGUUCACCAUCGUUGUUUAAUUUAUCUUCAUUGCAAUGCCAGUUGUAGAUUAGAAGGAUUGUAGUAUGUAGAUAGGUUAUUGGCUACUGGAGUCAAUUUAUGUAUUUUCGAUUUUGCUGGCUGUGGUUUGUCAGAAGGCAAAUACAUAACCAUGGGAACUUAUGAAAGUGAAGAUGUUAAAGAACUGAUGAAUUAUAUUGAAUGUCGAUUUGGUAAAGUAGAUGAGUUUAUUUUAUGGGGAAGAAGCAUGGGAGCAGUCACAGCACUUAUGCUAUCCCAAGAUCCUCGAAUUACUACCUAUAUAGCUGAUAGUGCUUUUACCUAAUUACGGACUGUAGUUGAAGAAUUAGGCUAAUAAAAAUUUGGAUGCUUUUCAUUUAUGAUCAACGGUUUUAUGCCAUUUCUCAGAAGCAAGAUAAUAAAUGAGGCAUAAUUUGACAUUGACCAGGUCUCCCCUCUCAAUUAUGUUGGUAUACAAAGUAAUUCUAAGCGAUUUUAUUUUCUGGCUGGAAAAACUGACCAACUGAUUCAUCCCAGACAUUCUCAAAUGCUCUAUGAAAGAUGUAAAUCGUAUAAGAGACUUGAAUUAUGCGACGGAAACCACAAUACAACGAGAUAAGUAGAGACAUUGGAUAAAAUAUCAAAAUUUAUUAAUCUAUUGCAAUUAGACCUACCAUUCAAUGCUGACUAUUCUAAUAAAUGCUCAAAAUAUUUUUAAGAAGCCUAACAAUGUCUCAACAGCUACAGGAUGCAAUAAUAAGAAUAAGAGGAACAGCUUAAAGAAUACGUUAAAUAACUCGAAAGAAAAAGCAUCUUGAAGUCAUAUUAAUAACAAUAGAGAGACCUUUCAGAUCUAGAACAAUAUUUAGAAUGA